UCGGAGCCGAGCGACGGUUUUGACGAAAACACACCGACCGCAGACUGCGAACCAUUCCGGGCAGAGGGGCUGCGGAACCACCGGGGUGACAACCGCGCUAUGGCGUUGCUGAAGUUGGACAACGGGGUUCGGCCUUGACGGGAGACGUUGCACGCGUGAAGUAGGUUUAACGGCAAUGCGCGCGGUAUCACUUGUUAGAUAGAAACACACAUACAGAGAGAGGAGGCGGAGGAGGAGGAGGAGGAGGGGGCCGAGGUGGACUCUCCCUCCCUCCCGCGGUUUGAGCCUGUCCGCCCGAUGGAGGCACCCGGGACCCUCGCAGCGAGCUCCAGGCCCGGUAUGUCACCUGUGAGACGCCGCCGCCACCCCGCCGGAGGUCGUGGGUAAAGGAGGAGGAGGAGGAGAAGCACCGCCCGCGCACAUCUGUCCUCAACUUUGGCCGACAACUUGGUGCUCCUGGAGCCCGUGUGCUACGAGAAAAAGUUCGCAGGUCAGCUGCAGCCAUGACCGACAUAGAUAUCACUUAACCCGGAGGUCAGUCACCGCCUCAGGUCACCGAGUACAGGUGAACCGCGCACUACUUUCACGGACUUUGACAUUUUUCUCUGCUUCACAUUUCUCCAUCCGCGGCUGAUCCGGAUCCAGACUUAUUGGAUUCAUCUGAUUUUUUUUUUAUUUUAAAAUUUGUACAAAUCAAUCAUGUCACUCAAAGACAAUCCCUGCCGGAAAUUCCAAGCCAACAUUUUCAACAAGAGCAAAUGCCAGAACUGCUUCAAGCCCAGAGAAUCCCAUCUGCUCAACGAUGAGGACUUCAAUCAGGCCAAACCCAUAUAUGGAGGAUGGUUGCUGCUGGCACCUGAGGGAACAAACUUUGACAAUCCCUUACACAGAUCUCGAAAAUGGCAAAGGAGGUUCUUCAUCCUCUACGAGCAUGGCUUACUUCGCUAUGCUCUGGACGAAAUGCCCAGCACUCUACCCCAGGGCACAAUCAAUAUGAACCAGUGCAGUGACGUCAUCAAUGGUGAGGCGAGGACGGGCCAGAAGAACUCGCUGUGCAUCCUGACCUCUGACAAAGAGCACUUCAUACGUGCGGAAUGUAAAGAAAUCAUCAAUGGGUGGCAGGAGGCUCUGACUGUGUACCCCAGGACCAACAAGCAGAACCAGAAGAAGAAACGAAAGGUCGAUCCCCCCACUCACCAGUCUCUGUGUGACCUUACCUCCCAUUGUGCCCUCUCCUCUUCCUAUCCACUCCUCCCAACCCGAACUCCUCCCCAGGAGCCAGGCCCAGCCAAGGUGACAGUGACCAGCAGCAGCAGCAGCGGCGGCAGCAUCUCGUGCCUGCCCAGCAGCAUUGCCGGUGCCGAGCGCGUCCCAAUGAGCCGUGCAACACUGUGGCAGGAGGAGAGUCGCUGGAGCCGGGCCACCAUCCCCUGCAGCCGCAGUGCCUCCUGUCUCAGCCAGCUGAGCCAGAGCCAACCAGACUCCAGUAUCACAACUCAAGACGAUGGUGGCACCAUGAGCACUGGGCGCAAAGUACGUGUGGAGAGUGGCUACUUUUCCUUGGAAAAGAACAAGUCGGAGCCUUCUCCACAUUCUGCACAGCACUCCCAGUCCCCACAGCCACCUCAGCACCUGCCCCUGUCCUCUUCGGCAUCAUCCUCCUCUUUAGGAGCUCCCAGUCCCAGGUACAACUCUGAGUCAGAACCUCAAUCUUACCCCUGUCAACCCUCCCAAGACCCCCUCCCUUCUCCAGGUGCACUUGUCUCCCCCAGCUACUCCACCAUCAGCUCCUCCCAGAGCUCGCUGGACUCCGAUCCCAGCGUCACGUCGCCCACCUGGGAGGGAUGCUGUGGUGGUGGUGGAGGGAGCACUAGUAACAUCGGUAACGGAGGAGGCAGAGUGGGCUGCUCUGGCAGGGAGUAUACAGCGCUGUCGGAUGUGCCACGGGCUCGCAGACUGAGCUACCGGGAAGCGUUCCGCUCAGAGAAAAAGCGCCAAGAGCUGAGAGCUCGGACAAGGAGUCCUGGUAGAGAGGAGGUGGCUCGGCUGUUCGGGGAGGAGCGCAGGCGUCCACAAGUCAUCGGGAGGUUUCAGGAGGGUCAGCAUGUUGAGCAUAUGGAAACAAACAGCUCCAGUGAGCCCUCCUCUAACACCGCGCUAAUCCAGAGACAAGGUCGCAGCGAGAGACGCUGUCUGGCCAACAAACAUGAGAUUUCACUGGAUGCAGGAACAGACCGUUCAGCUCCCAGUUUGACCAGCCCCACUUUUUCCAACUUAAGAAGAGCGAAGUCACUGGACCGCAGAGUCACAGAGUCUUCGAUGACUCCAGAUCUGCUGAACUUUAAAAAAGGAUGGAUGACGAAGCUGUAUGAAGACGGAAUGUGGAAGAAACACUGGUUUGUACUAACAGACCAGAGUCUGAGGUACUACAAGGACUCGAUAGCUGAGGAGGCUUCUGAACUGGAUGGGGAGAUCGACCUUUCCACAUGCUGUGACGUCAAAGAGUUCCCAGUCCAGAGAAACUACGGCUUCCAAAUCCAGUGCACAGAGGGAGCGUGCACCCUGUCGGCCAUGACCUCUGGAAUCCGUCGCAACUGGAUUCAGGCCAUUAUGAAGAAUGUGCGACCCACUAUUGCCCCCGACGUCACCCGGAAAAACAUCUCUCUGAAACUAUCCGUUCUGAAGCCCAGAUCCCUCCCUGAUGAGAAGAUAAAAGCCCAAGUGAUGUUGGAGCCCUGUCCGCAGGCCACCCCUGAGCCAAGCCCCGUUCCUGAGGCCCCCAGGUCUGAUGUCCACAGACAGCCAGCUGGCAACCACGUCUCUGUCCCUCCCUCUGAGCUGCGUAGAAGCCGAGUUCGUGAACGCAGACCAGAAGGACGCUCUAAGACUUACGACUGGUCUGAGUUCAAGAUGGAGCAGACAGAAAAGCCUGUGAAGGAGCGAGCCGACACCGUCGAUCUCAGCUCAUCGUUCUCCACAACCUCCUCUUAUUGCUCUCCCUCCUCUUCAGCUUCCUCUUUAGCGUCCUCUCCGGUCUCUACCUCCUCCCUCCAAACCUCCUCGGUAUCAGGGGCUCACCCACCCUCUAUGACAGAAGAAGCAGAGAAGGGGAAUGUCAGGAGGGGCGCCCCUCCACACAGCACUACUAGUGCAACCCACAUGCCAAAUACUGUUACUGUUACCAUGACUUCCACACUUAAUACAACGCCAACAGUACAGCCAUCAACACCUGAAAGCCAAGAGCAAGGGAAAAUGGAAGUGGACCACCAUACAGCCAUGCAUCCUGCUAGUGAGGAUAAGAAGGACAACAGAACCUCAGGUGUCCAUAAAGAGAUUGAGCAGCGAUGGCAUCAGGUGGAGACGACACCUUUGAGGGAAGAGAAGCAAGUGCCCAUCGCCACGGCUGCAGCAGACUCUGCUAACUCUGAAAGGUUGCCUGCCGAUGAGCUUGCUGCACUGCUAGACAAAGAGUUGGGACAGAAGCAGAAGGAGCUGGACCAACUACAGAAGCAGAACAACCUUUUAAAAGAGCAGCUGGAUGAUGCGCUAGGGAGAGAACACAGUGCCAGAGAGGGCUAUGUACUGCAGAGUGCAACACCCCCUUCCUCUUCACCGCACAGAGUGCCAUGGCAACGCUUGCACAAGCUUAAUCAAGAUUUGCAGAGCGAAUUGGAGGCCCAAAGGCGCAAGCAGGACCUUGCUCAGCAGCAAAUUCGGACGUUAAAGAGAAGCUACACCGAUGCCCAGGACGCUGUAGACCGCCACGAGGCUGAUAUUCAGGCUCUGCAGGGUAAACUAGCAUGUGCAAUGGCUGAAAUCUUGGCCAGUGAAGAGGCUGUGGCCCGAAUGCGCAAUGAGCUCAAGUUAGAGCAGGAGCGUUCAAAGGAACAAGAAGUAGAAAAUGGAAAAAGUGAGGCCACCCUACGUGCCCAGCUGAAGGACAGUGAGGACAGACUCCGUGAAGUAGAGGCCUGCCUCUUAGAGAGGAACCAGGCUCUCAGGCACCUCGAGCACCAGCAGGCCCUGCAACGAGACCACAUUAGAGAGAUACAGAGGUUGCAGGAGAGGCUGCAAGAGGUGACUGCUCGACUAUGUGCUACUGAGGAGGGCCAAGCUUUGAAGGAGGAGCGCCUGAGGAAGGAGCAGCAUAGCAUGCAAGAGAGUCAUGAGAGGGAAAGACAGAAUCUGUGCAGAAAAUUAACUCAGGCUGAAAUCGCCCAGAAAGAGAUGGAGGACAAUCUGCUUGAGGCCGAGCAGCAGGUAGAGGCUCUGUUGAGAGGGAGGCGCUCCUCCGGAGGCAAAGAAUGCAGUGAGGAAAUGUUGAAGUUACAAGAGGAACUGACUCAUAAGAUUGACAUGGUUGAGUCACUGAGGGAGAGCGUGCGGAGGCUGGAAGAAGAGAAGAGCCACCUCACUUGCCGUUGUCAGGAGCUUAUCAACCAGAUAGCAGAAGCUGACCGUGAGGUGAAUAAGCUUCGCAAAUGUCUGGAAACUGAAGAGGCUGAGUACUACACGCUGGAGCAGUCAUAUGAUAGGGCUACCCAGGAGUUUCAGAAAAUGAGUCAGUUCCUUAGAGAAAAAGAGGAAGAGAUCCGGCAGACUAAGGAGAUGUAUGAAAGGCUAGUGGAACGCAAGGAAGAGGACCUAAAAGAGGCACUUAUUAAAAUGACAGUACUUGGCAGCAGCUUGGAGGAAACAGAACAGAAGUUGCAAGCAAAGGAGGAGUUUCUCUGUCAAAUGAGUCGGAGCCUCUUAGAAAAGGUUGAGCCCUGUAGUGCUGAAAAGGAUCUGCAAGCCAAGCUUGUGGUCGCAGAGGACCGUAUCGCGGAGCUUGAACAGCAUCUCAAUGCCCUGCAGUUGGGCUAUGCUGACCUACAAAUGGAAAGACGUAAGACCCCAGAGCUGAGGAAAAAGGGAAGGGUUAAAACAUCAGCCUCCAUAUCACCAAACACAGAACUUUCUCUUUCCUUUAACAAUACAUCCAAGUCAGAGAACGCCCCAGAUGAUCAGGAGUCUCUAGCUAAGAGAUCAAGGAUACGUUUUUCCAGUAUUCAGUGCCAAAAAUACAUUAGCUUAGAGGGCCUGGUCACGGGCCAAGCAAGUAGUGGUCAUGUGGAGACAGGACAAAAAGAUGACCAAGAUGUAAAUGAAGACAUCGGUUUAACCGGAGGAAAUAUCUCCUCUGAUAUGCCGCAUACCAGUGACCCAGAGAAGUUUAUCUCCAUCAUACAUUCCCUCGAAACUAAACUGCUUGCCACUGAGGAUAAGCUAAGAAACCUCACACAGAAUCUAGAAGAGCAGCAAUCCACCCAAGUAGACGACAUGUCCAAGAUUGAUGUACAGAUGACAGAAACAGACCAUCACCCAGAGAAAGAGUUGAGUUGUGGGAGUAGUUGUCUUGCCAAUAAGCAUUAUGGCAAGGCCCUGAUGUGCGUUGAAAAGAGUCGAGAGAAAGUCAGGGUUAUUCUCGGUGGUUCUCAUACUUCCACUGGUUCGCAGUUGCAUUCAUUGUCGGAGAUAGAGAGCGAUUUGUUCAAUGCAUCACUGUACAUCCAACAAGGACAAAAGACGUUGGAAGAACAAACACCAGCUGUCCAUCAGAAUCAAACCCCAGAGACUCGAGAUAGAGAAGCUCUUCAGCUCUUUGCCAAAACCUUGUCUUUUGAGGCAGUAAUUUUGAAUAAAAUGGCUUUAUUGAUACAAACGUCAAAGUCUGACAUUCUACAUGCUCUUGCAGAGAUAUGGGAAGACAUCGACAACAUUAAAAAGAGUGACAAAGAUUGUUUGGCUAUAGUUUAUGCUGAUGUCUUGACCAGGAAGCUGAUGUUAGAGAGUGCGUUCUGGCAGGAGUUGGAGAAAACUGAGGCAGAUGUUGCAAAAUGCAAAGAGGGCAGUGCGUCAGCUGAUGUAAAUGAUGCCACAAUCUUUAACACCUUCAUUAAAGCAGAACUAGUCUACUCUAUUCAAAACCUUAAGCUUUGCUAUGAAGAGAAAUUCAAAAUACUGAAAAGGGAGUUGACUGAAGCUCAUACGAACCUAAAUCAAAGGGAAAUGGCUCUGAAAGCGAUUAUUGAAGCUUCCAAAAGGCCUGAUUUGAAAAAUGUAAUAAAGGAAGUCAAAAAUAACUUUGGCUUUAAUAAACAAAGGUUAGCUGACGUUCAACCCCCUGAACUUGCUCCUUACAUGGAGCAGAUUGAAAUGGAAACAGCGAGAGACUUGGCUGAGAAAAUUGUAGACAGACACUUGGCUGAAGAAAUGCCCUCUUGUGGUGUUGACUCUAUUGAUACGCUGCAAAAUGCACAUGACAAUCUGGCCAAUGAGCUUCAGCGACAAGCAGCAAUCCUCCAUAAGUACGCUCAAGAGAUGGAAGGUGGUGAAACCCAUCCGGGGCUGGCUAAAAUGAUCCGGGCUCUUUUUGGGCAGCAAACCUCUGAGAAUUUCUCUAGUACCUCUCUUUGUAUGCGUGAAGCCCUUAUUCAGGCUCAGGUGGCUUAUGUGGCAUGUAGAUUACGGGCAAUGCAUGAACAAGACUUGGGUUGGUGCAAACAGACAGGUCAGAACAUGGAUGCUCUUGUCCAGCAGCAUGCGCACAAUGUCAGUGCAAUCCAAGAAAAGUUUGAAGCAUCCUUACAGGAGGAGCGCCUGAGUUUCACGCAGACACUGGCCACUCUUGAAAUGGAGAACCAAACCCUGAGGAGUGAGAUAGGCAAACGUGUGAAUCAGCUCUCCCAGCAGCAGGAGCAACUGGUCCUCCUGGAGGAACACUACCGGAAUGACACUGAAAACCUGAAUCAGAUGCACAAGAAAGAGCUACAGCGAGCAGAGCAAGGCUGUGCUUCAACAGAGCUGGCCCUCAUUGAGACAUUGGCCGACAGCCAACAGAAGUUAGAGGUUCUGCUGGUGGACAUGGAUACGAUGAAGGAGCAGCAACAGGGUCAUGUGAAGAAACUGGAGGAGCAGUUUGAACAGAGGAUCUGUGAGCUCCAGCACAUCCACACAGAGGAGAUGGAAAAGUUACAUUCCCAGUAUGUUGAAAACAUUCAGUGUCUCAAAGAGCACCUGAAGGUCAAAAAAGGUCCUGAGGUUUCACAAUCGCUACCGUGUGAUGAGGCCAUAAUGCCAAUGGAAGAGGAGGAGCAGGGGAAGGGGGAAGAUGCUCAAAAUAUGUCCGAGGUGGACUCAAUGGUGGUUCUCAAGGACCGGAUCCAGGAGCUGGAGACUCAGAUGAACACCAUGAGGGACGAACUGGAGAACAAGCACCUCGAAGGAGAUGUGGCCAGCCUGAGAGAGAAAUACCAGAGAGACUUUGAAAGUCUUAAGGCCACGUGUGAACGUGGGUUUUCUGCAAUGGAAGAUACCCACCACAAGGUGAUAGAAGACAUCCAGAGGCAGCAUCAGAGGGAGAUCUCCAAACUCCUGGAAGAGCGAGAGAGACUCUUGGCUGAGGAAACUGCUGCGACAAUUGCUGCUAUCGAAGCUAUGAAAAAUGCACACAGGGAGGAACUGGAGAAGAACCAGCGCUCCCCACUGAGUGGACUGAACUCUGACAUCGAUGAGCUUCGCUUACAAUACGAGGAGGAGUUGCAGUCCAUCCAGAGAGAGCUGGAGGUGUUGUCCGAGCAGUACUCUCAGAAGUGUCUGGAGAACGCUCACCUGGCCCAGGCGCUGGAGGCCGAGAGGCAGGCCCUCAGGCAGUGUCAGAGAGAGAACCAGGAGCUAAAUGCUCACAACCAGGAAUUGAAUAAUCGAAUGAGUGAGGAGAUCAUCCGGAUGCGCUCCUGUUACAGCGGUGAAAUGGCGCUGUCACCACUUACCCAAGGCAAAGAUGUGUAUGAACUAGAGGUGUUGCUACGUAUUAAGGAGUCGGAGAUCCAGUAUCUUAAACAGGAAAUCCACUCUUUGAAAGAUGAACUGCAGUCUGCUUUAAGGGACAAGAAAUAUGCCACAGACAAAUAUAAGGACAUCUAUACAGAGCUCAGCAUAGUGAAAGCAAAGGCUGACUGUGACAUCAGCAAACUGAAGGAGAAACUGCUCAUUGCCACAGAAGCUUUAGGCGAGAAGACGGUCGAUGGAACAGUCACAUCUGGAUACGAUAUCAUGAAAUCAAAGAGUAAUCCAGAUAUCAUAAAAAAAGAAAAAUCGGCAGCCUCCAGGCAACUGAGAGGCAUAAGGUCAAAGAGCCUGAAAGAGGGACUAACUGUGCAGGAGCGCAUGAAGCUUUUUGAGGCAAAAGAUUCCAAAAAGAUUUGAACAUCAAGAAUCUGAAGUUUCUCUUUCCUCGUCUUGGUUUCUGGUCCGAAAGAGCAGCAUCAACUGAGAGACAAUUCUUCACAAAGGUCAAUUCUGAACAUGGACCUGCUGCUUCCAUGCCUUUGAUAAGUUGUCAUUAGUUUGAUUGAUUUUUUUUUAUUAAUAUAAAACAGUUUUAUUGAAUAAAUCCUGUGUUAGAUCUCUUUAAAGAAUAUAUAGAUGUAUAAUCUGUCCAAACUGGAGACGUGUCAAAUAAGCUGUGAGAGGGAUUCACGACAACAUUUUUAUUGAUCCUCCAAAAUGCCAAAACAGCCAGCAGUACACAGUAUAAGUAAUAAUAUAUAUUUCCCAAUAUGAAUUAAGUAUCUGCUGUAUUUUAUUAUUGUUACAUUUUCUAUAUCUAAUGAUUUUAAAUGUGUUUAAAGUUGCACCAGUUGUGUUGUACAUAACUACUGGAUAUAUGUCAGAGUAUGGUUUGCUGUUGAUCGUUGGGGCAUCUGCUGUAUUAUAACUAUGGUUUGACUGGUAGUGGAGAAACAAUGUGAUGCUUAACUUGCUUGUGUAUGAGAGUUUUAUAGGAAACAAAAAGAUGGAGUGUCUGUGUGUGAAGGGGGAGAGGGGGGGGUGGGAUUGCACUUAUCACUUGACUACUUGAGGAAGCUUUUUUUUUUUCUCCGUCUCAAAUCGGUGUAGUGGCAUUGAGUCGAUUAUUGCAGUGCAACCAAACAUCCUGACUUCUGUAGUGAACAGCCGUGACUUGUUAGUGAUACUGGAUUUCUUUAAACCUGAAUUUGUGUUUGCUCAGUUUUGACUUAUGAUGUGAGAGGAUAUCAUCUCAUAUAAAAACCAGUUGGGACUUUGCAUGACUGUACAGAACUGCAGAAUGAUCACGUUGCCUCAUUUUCCUACUUUCAUGCUUUAGUGUGGAGCUCUUUGACACUUAUUAAGCUUGGCUUUGCAAGUCCUACUGCUUAGGUGUUGAGAUUGAAAUGUUUUUACUGUAAGCGGCAGUCUUGAAGCACUUGGCCCAGUCCCUGACCUCCCACUGAAAUCUAGUCGUGCCUCAACUGAGUGAAGAAUAUAAACAUCCAUAAAACCUGUGCAGCUAUGGAUACACACUGUAUAGUAUUCAAACCACGCCUUGUAUAUAUAUAUAUGCCACACAGACGACAUCUGUGUUUUGUUUUAAACUUGUACCUUGCUCACUAGCUCUAUAUGAAAUAUAUAUAUAUGAAUAUUUUUUAUUUUCAUUUGAAUGUAUAACGUCAAAUAAAUGAAGUGUUUGGAAA